CCACCACUCCUUUGAGUAAUAAAUCACUGCACAGCCCCAGCAUGGCCGAGCAAAUACCCAUUAUCGAUCUCGCUGCGUACUACAGCGAGGGCUCACAGUCGCCCAAAGCCCAAGAAACCAUCCAAGCCAUCCACGCCGCCGCAUCAACAUGGGGCUUCUUCGUCAUUACCGGCACCCAAGUCUCUCCGCAAACCCAAUCGUCCCUCCUCUCAGCCUCGCAGGCCUUUUUCGACCUGCCUCUUGACGUUAAGAAAAACCUCGAUGUCCGCCAGGGGGGCGUAGCCUGGCGCGGCUACAUGCCCCUUGGCGGUGAGCAUACGCACGGGCACAUGGACUUUAAGGAAGGCCUCUACAUUGGUCCCGAGCAUGCCGACGACCACCCGCUCGUCGGUCUGCCACUGCACGGCAAGAACCAAUUCCCUGAUCAUGUUCUCCCUAACAUGCGGCAUGAGGUGUUGGAGUACGUCAGUGAGGUGACGGAGCUAGGAAAAUCCCUUACGGAUAUUUUCUCAUUGGGUCUCGGCUUGGGUAAAGAGGAUAUGCGCCAGCGGCUGCUGCAGCCAGAGCCUGUGGUACUCUUUCGCUGCUUCAAGUAUAUGCCUGUCGAGAACAACGCCAGCGAUAGCGAGGGCUUCGGCAUUGGCCAACACACGGGUUAGAUUCAAUGACCUUAUGUACUUCUCCGAUAUCCGCGAACAUCUGGCUCUAGAUUUCGGUUACCUUACUAUCCUAAAAGUCGACUCGCCCGGCCUACAGAUUCUUUCCCCGUCUGAUAAGUGGGUCGACGUUCCCUGUGUCGAGAACUCCUUUAUCGUAAACAUUGGUGAUAUGUUCGACCAGCUCACGCACGGCCGCUACCGAUCGCGUCCUCACCGCGUCAGCCGGCCUAAAUCAGGCUCCCCACCGCGCUUCUCCUUCCCCCUCUUCUUUGACUUUUCCUGGACUGCCG